AUAUUUUAAAGUCAAUUAGGAAUUGAAGAUCAGAUUGUUUAUUUUCCUAUUUUAAAAACAUGAAAUAAUAAAUUUAAAUUUUAGCACAUAUUUCGUAUUUUUGUUUCAAAAGCGAAAUGUCAAAAAUAGAUUAGAAAACUUAAUUGAAGAAACUUAGUUUUCGAAAUUGGUAAUCAGGAGAUAAAUUGAAGCGAAAAACAUCAUCCUAGGAAGUAAGACCAUGACGGUCUUCGCUUUGACAUAAUUCAUUUUGAAGAGGAGUUCAAGUAAAAGUCAAUAAAAACCAUUUCUGCAGCAAUUAAAUAAGCGCGAAUGCAUCAGCGUUUUUCCAGCGUUUUCCCAUUAAAUAAAGCCCUGCUGGUGUCGGCCACUAGACAGGCGGGAAUGGGAUGGGAAUGGAGAUGGAGAUAACGGGUAAGGAGGUCACCGGGGGAUGAUGACUGCAGAAGCAUGAUGCCACUUGUUGAAGCUGAGGCCGAACCAAAAUUCAAUGCCCGGGGAUGUUCACUGCAGCUGAUUUCGACAGCAGCAAUGAAAGUUUAUUAAUGAACUUUCAACCAACAACAAAAAAAACGAGAGGACUCGGAUGACUGUGUGGGAAUAUGGUGGCAAGUACAUGGGGCCACGUGUCCCAGACAUACAUAUCUAUGGCCUAGUGCAGACGAAUCCAAGGAGCCCGGGUAGGGCUGGAAUUUUCAGAGAGGAAUGCGUUGAAAUUCCUUCUACUACUCUCCUGCCUCCGCUGCUCCGAUGCUUGGCCAUCGUUGUCGUCAUUUCCACCGUCAUAGUCAUUUGGCAUCGCCAUCAUUCCUAUCAAGUACGUACUGAACAAUAAUUCAAUUUGGCGCGGAAGUUAUUAAUAAAACGACGCACCCCAGCCAAAAACAAGUGGGAAGUCGUGGGAAGCUGUCCUGUCAGUGUAAUUUGUCGGGUGUUUAUGACAACACGUUCUUUGAAUUAACUCAUCCAUGCCGAAAUGGAGUUGCACUUUAAGAGCAAAUUAGGUUUUAUUUUAAUCAUUUAGUUCGAAACCCAAUUUUCCAUGGAUAUCAAGCAUACGCAUCGUGCAACCUCACAUGGGCAAUGGUGGUUAUUUAAUUUUCCACUCGCCCAUCCUAUUCCUAACAUAUCUUCACGCACAACAGAGACGAGUCCCACUCCCUUGCUCACAGCUAUGAAUGAAGCGUCGCAAAAAUUCCAUUUAUUUGCCAUUUCAAUCGCACCAAGCACUCACAAUCGCCCUCAACCCAGCUCCGGCCCACUGAAGUAUGCAUUCAUUAGACAUGCCAAGGCAGCCGAAGGAGAAGCAGUAACCACGGCUGCGGCGACCGAGCUUAGCUUUUGGCCAGACCGCAGAGCAAGGAUCAGUUUGGUUUUGCCAGUCGGGGCCAUCGGUUCGUGGUCUCGGGUUCGGAACAAAAGUCGCCCAUCGGUAAACGUGACUAAGGAACCUCAGCUAAGCGUGGGUCGCAAACGAAAACGGAAAGAUUCGAAAACACGCAGGAAAGCGAUUUGGAGAAACCAUCCAAGAUGGACAGCAUCGAAUUUCGAAAACGUGGAAUGGAAAUGGUAGAGUACAUCUGCAAUUAUCUGGAAACGCUAAACGAGCGUCGAGUCACGCCCAGCGUGGAGCCGGGAUAUUUGCGGCACCUGUUGCCAACUGAGGCACCACAGGAGCCGGAGGACUGGGACCAGAUUAUGAGGGACGUAGAGGACAAGAUCAUGCCCGGCGUGACGCAUUGGCAGCACCCACGCUUCCACGCCUACUUUCCUGCGGGCAACUCGUUCCCCUCCAUCCUAGGCGACAUGUUGGGCGACGGGAUCGGGUGCAUCGGCUUUUCUUGGGCCGCCAGUCCCGCUUGCACCGAGCUGGAGACCAUUGUGCUCGACUGGCUGGGCAAGGCCAUCGGUCUACCGGACCACUUUCUGGCCCUCAAGGAGGGCAGCACCGGAGGGGGAGUCAUCCAGACUUCCGCAUCGGAAUGUGUGCUGGUCACGAUGCUGGCUGCCAGGGCACAGGCGCUCAAGAGGCUAAAGGCCCAGCAUCCGUUCGUGGAGGAGGGUCACCUCCUGUCUAAGCUGAUGGCCUACUGCUCCAAGGAGGCCCACAGCUGCGUGGAAAAGGCGGCGAUGAUCUGCUUCGUGAAGCUGCGCAUUCUGGAGCCCGACGACGACGCCAGCCUGCGCGGCCAGACGAUCUACGAAGCCAUGGAGGAGGAUGAGCUGCAGGGCCUGGUGCCUUUCUUCGUCUCGACCACUCUGGGCACCACGGGCUCGUGUGCGUUCGACAAUCUGCCGGAGAUUGGCAAGCAGCUGCAGCGAUUCCCUGGCGUCUGGUUGCACGUGGAUGCCGCCUACGCCGGCAACAGCUUCAUCUGCCCCGAACUGAAGCCCCUCCUGAGGGGCAUCGAGUACGCCGACUCGUUCAACACCAAUCCAAACAAAUGGCUGCUGACCAACUUUGACUGCUCGACGCUGUGGGUGCGGGACCGCAUCCGGCUGACUUCAGCCCUGGUGGUGGAUCCGCUGUACCUGAAGCACGGCUACUCGGAUGCGGCCAUCGACUACCGUCAUUGGGGAGUUCCACUCAGUCGGCGUUUUCGUUCACUGAAGCUGUGGUUCGUGCUGCGAUCUUAUGGGAUUUCCGGGCUGCAGCAUUACAUACGUCACCAUAUCAAACUGGCCAAGCGGUUCGAAGAGCUCGUGCUCAAAGAUAAACGCUUCGAGAUCUGUAACCAAGUCAAGCUGGGCCUGGUCUGCUUUCGCCUCAAGGGCUCUGACAAGUUGAAUGAGAAGCUGCUGAGCAUAAUCAACGAGUCUGGCAAGCUGCACAUGGUUCCGGCCAGCGUGGGAGAUCGGUACAUUAUCAGGUUCUGCGCCGUGGCUCAGAAUGCGACCGCUGAAGAUAUUGACUACGCCUGGGACAUCAUCGUCGACUUUGCCAACGAGUUGCUGGAGAAAGAGCAGCACGAUGAGCUGUCGGAGAUCAUGAACCGCAAGAAGCAGGACACGUUGGCUCAGAAGCGCUCCUUCUUCGUGCGCAUGGUCAGCGAUCCGAAGAUCUACAACCCGGCUAUCAACAAAGCCGGCACCCCCAAGCUCUCCAUGGAGCUGCCCUCACCCGUAGUGAGCCGCGGCAGUGCUCCCAUUAUCCGGACCCAGAGUUCGGUGGACCACAACUCUUGGAUAUCCUGGCCGCUGGCAUUCCUCUUCAACAGCAGCAACGAGGAAAAGGGCAGUAACGUCUCGUUGCGUUUCCGACAUUUGGACACCAACGUACGACCAUCUUCGUCGCGACGAAACUCCGGAGCCGGCUCCUCCCCCUCUCCGGAAAACGAGUUGGACUACGUGAACGUCCAGCAACAGCAACUGGAGCAGCGAUCCCCUCGACGUUCACCCAUGGCGGUGCGCAAGGCAUCGUCCACGCGGGAUAACCCCAACUAAUAAUAUUCACUCAGUUAAUGGAAACACUAUUAUACAGUAUUAGCGCUCCUUAAGUCAGGCGCCUAGUU